UGAUUGGUCCGUGCCUCUGUAUACACUUACAUCACAUUUCCGCUUCCUUUUCCUCGGCGCAAAGAUGGCGGACUACGACCUCACCACUAAAAUUGCUCAUUUUUUAGAUCGACAUCUUGUGUUUCCUCUUCUGGAAUUUCUAUCUGUUAAAGAGAUAUACAAUGAAGAGGAAUUACUUCAUGGAAAACUGGAUCUUCUUAGUGACACAAACAUGGUGGACUUUGCCAUGGAUGUGUGCAGAAGCCUUUACCCUGAAAAGGAUAUACCCCACACUCUGAGGGAGAAGAGGACAGAGGUUGUGGCCCAGCUCAAACAGCUGCAGUCUGAGACGGAACCAAUAGUUAAAAUGUUUGAGGACCCAGAAACUACAAGGCAAAUGCAGUCCACCAGAGAUGGACGGAUGCUCUUUGAUUAUUUGGCUGAAAAACAUAACUUUCGUCAAGAGUAUUUGGACACACUGUACAGAUAUGCCAAGUUCCAGUAUGAGUGUGGAAACUACUCUGGUGCAGCAGAAUACCUCUACUUCUUUCGUGUUCUGGUAAGUUGUCUGUUUCUUUCUUUUUCUUUUUUUCUUAAGAGAUGUUUACUGAGCACCACCUUAUCAGACUGUCUCUGGUGUUUGACCAUGGUGUCUAUAAAUAGUCUUCAGGAAAAUCUCUCUUAUAUUAAAAUUGAAUGCUACGUUAUGUUUGCCAGAUUCUCUGAGAUCCUGAUGCAGAACUGGGAGGCAGCCAUGGAGGACCUCACCCGCCUGAGAGAGACUAUCGAUAACAACUCUGUCAGCUCUCCACUCCAGUCUCUUCAGCAGCGAACCUGGCUCAUUCACUGGUCGCUAUUUGUCUUCUUCAACCACCCUAAAGGCAGAGACAACAUCAUUGAGCUCUUUUUGUACCAGCCACAGUACCUCAACGCUAUCCAGACUAUGUGCCCUCACAUCUUGCGUUACCUGACCACAGCGGUCAUCACAAACAAGGAUGUCCGUAAACGUCGGCAGGUUCUGAAAGAUCUGGUGAAAGUCAUUCAGCAGGAAUCUUACACGUACAAAGAUCCCAUCACAGAGUUUGUGGAGUGCUUGUAUGUGAACUUUGACUUUGACAGCGCCCAGAAGAAACUCCGGGAGUGCGAGUCUGUUCUUGUGAAUGACUUUUUCCUGGUUGCUUGCCUGGAGGACUUCAUUGAGAACGCCCGCCUCUUCAUCUUUGAAACCUUCUGCAGGAUUCAUCAGUGCAUUAGCAUCAGCAUGCUGGCAGACAAACUUAACAUGACGCCCGAGGAAGCCGAGAGAUGGAUUGUAAACCUUAUCCGCAACGCCAGGCUGGAUGCCAAGAUAGACUCCAAACUGGGACAUGUGGUCAUGGGGAACAACGCUGUAUCUCCAUACCAGCAGGUUAUUGAGAAGACCAAGAGCCUCUCAUUCCGCAGCCAAAUGUUGGCCAUGAACAUUGAGAAAAAGCAGGCGUACAACAACAGAAACGAGACACCAAACUGGGCUGGUCAGGAUGGUGGAUUUUAGGAGACGCAAUGAAACGGAGACGGCACCCGCCUCUACAUUGUUACAUCGGAGUUUCUUUUACUUCACUUGUCUCUUAAGGAGUUCUGUACUAUUCUGCACUUGGUUCAAGUCAUCAUCAAUUCAAUAAAAAAGACCAAGAAAACCA